CAAAUAACUUAGUGUUAAUUCUCAUGUAAAAUAAAAUACAUACCAUAAAUAAUUUUUUUGGUUCUACCCAAAAUUAAGUACAUAAUAUAAUUUCCCCGUUCAAUAGUCCACCAUCUCCAAAGAGAUAGAGGCAGAGAAUAGUAAAGCAGUUGAUAGAUAGAGAUUUCAGUUGGUGAUGGUGUGGGGGAGACUGGGAGUGACGGAGAGGGACAGCGGCGCAGGCUGUAGAGGAGUGAUUCGGGAGCAACAGCACCUGCCGCUGCCGCCGCUUGUGUCGGUGGCGAUACAAUUGUUUUUCUCAUUGAUGUUCGAUUUCUUCUCAGAUGGUCGACAGGUCAUCUUUGCCGAGGCCAGUGGAAGCGGCGGAGGUGGCGGCGGAGGUAGCGGUCUAGGCGGUGCUGGAACACAUUGGGUGUCGGUUGGCGGGACCUCGCCUUCCAAUGUUGGAAUAGCUGUAGCCGUCACGGCCAUGGCCGGUAUUGCCUUGGCCGCUACUCUCGUCUACUCUCGUAGGGGAAACCUUAAAUCACCCUGGUCCCAGAGACGAAGGAAACAUGCUCUAUCUGCAAAAGAAUGGAUGAAUUUAUUUGACAUAGAUGGGAGACUGAGUGAUGGUGGAGUGAAAUUUUUGAAGAAAGUCAGAAGUGGAGGUGUUGAUCCAACCAUACGGGCAGAGGUUUGGCCAUUCCUUCUUGGAGUCUAUGACUUGAGGAGUUCAAAGGAAGAGAGAGAGGCAAUUAGAACUCGGAAGAGAAAAGAGUAUGCAAAUCUGCGAAGAAAGUGCUCACAGAUGUUAACAAAUGAGGAUAGGACUUCAAAGUUGAAAGAAGAGUCUAUAAAUUAUGUGAACAACAAAUGUGGUGAUUGUAGUCCCUCUCUAGACCCUCUUGUUCCAGAAGGAGAAAACCCCACCCUAGACCCUCUUCACAUUGAUGGUGAGAAUCUGAAAACCAAACAUCCUACUACAACUGCAUCCAGUCCAGUUCUUGGAGAGUCUGAAGAGUCUACUACUACAACCGCAUCUAGUCCAGCUCUUGAAAGGCCCAACUCAUUAGUGGAAUCAGAAGGUGAAAAAAAUUCCAGGACUGCAGAUGCAAAUAUUUCUGGGGAUGAGUAUCCAUCUUCCAGUUCUGAUUCCUCUGAAGAGUUGGAUGGUGAGAAGCAACCUUUCCUUCACCAUGAAGAUUAUGAAGAAACUGAUGCAGUGUCAACAACUCUUAGCAAGUCAGUAGGCUUCAACAAAUUAGAAGAUUUUGCAACAUGGCAGCGCAUAAUACGCGUUGAUGCUGUCCGAGCAAAUGAUGAAUGGGUCAGCUAUUCACCAUCCCAGGCUGCAGUUUCUGAGACCAAGGCACAUCAAUUGGCUGAGAGUGUAGGGUUGAAGGAUUAUGAUCAUCUGGAGCCAUGCAGGACUUAUCAUGCAGCCCGUCUAGUUUCCAUCCUUGAAGCUUAUGCUCUCUAUGAUCCUGAAAUUGGAUACUGUCAGGGUAUGAGUGAUUUACUCUCUCCCAUCGUCGUGGUGAUCGAGAAGGAUGACGAAGCAUUCUGGUGCUUCGUGGGUUUCAUGAGGAAAGCACGCCACAACUUCCGUCUCGAUGAGGUAGGGAUCCGGAGGCAGUUGAACAUCGUCUCUAAGAUCAUAAAGUGCAAGGACUCACAUCUGUACAAACACCUGGAGCAACUCCAGGCAGAGGACUGCUUCUUUGUGUACAGAAUGGUGGUGGUUCUCUUCAGGAGGGAGUUGAGUUUCGAACAGAGCUUGUGCCUGUGGGAGGUGAUGUGGGCAGAUCAGGCAGCUAUUAGGGCCGGAAUAGGCAAGUCGGCUUGGGGGCGAAUAAGGCUCAGGGCUCCUCCAUCAGAUGAUCUUCUUCUGUACGCAAUAGCGGCAUCAGUUUUGCAAAGGAGGAAAUUGAUCAUAGAGAAGUAUAACAGCAUGGAUGAAAUAAUGAGGGAAUGCAAUAGUAUGGCUGGGCAUUUGGACGUUUGGCGGCUUUUGGAUGAUGCCCAUGACUUAGUCGUUACCCUGCAUGACAAGAUUUAGGCAUUCUCUUUUGCUGGUUUGAAACAAAGCAUAACGUAUACAUGACCUGCUCUGUAUAGCCCGGUGACGUUCAGGAGUUGAGUUAAGUACUUAAGUCUAAGCUCUACGGUUGCCAUUAUCUUAUUAAAUGUACCGUAGUCACAUCUACUUGCGCUGUCUAAUUUGAAUUGUUGCCUUCCUUUAAUAUAUCACUGCACAGAUUUUCAAACUAAUUAUAGUUAAGGCAUUCAUAGUGAACUGUUAUGGUGCAAGGUUAAGAAUGUAUGAAAAUCGGUGCCGCUGCUGUGCUGAUUGCUCUGUAUUUGGUCAUGUUUAAGAUACGAUAGCCAUUUCUUUGUCUGACUGUAAAAAUUGGCCUCAUAAGCAUUCUUAU